ACCCCAACAGGGCUGCGCUCUCCCUUCGUGCAACCGCCUCACCUGCCUCUGCAUAACGAAAACUGCUUCCCAUCCAUUUUUUCAUCAGGGUCGGGCACUUCUGCAAGCUGAGCUGGGCCCAGCCUCUUCCCUGCCUUUCCUCGGCCCCAGCUCCAGGCGAGCAGCGGCCUGUCCGAAGAGCAUGCUGCCCCCUCACUCCCCGCCUGGCCUUGCCAUCCCUGCCCCCCCAGCCUGACCCCCGGCCCCAGCAUGGCCCAAGGUGCCAUGCGCUUCUGCUCCGAGGGCGACUGUGCCAUCUCCCCACCACGAUGCCCGCGCCGCUGGCUCCCCGAAGGCCCAGUGCCACAAAGCCCCCCAGCCAGCAUGUAUGGCAGUACAGGCUCCCUGCUACGGCGGGUGGCAGGGCCAGGUCCCCGAGGCCGGGAACUGGGACGUGUGACAGCACCCUGUACACCCCUGCGUGGUCCCCCCUCACCCCGUGUUCCUCCUUCACCCUGGUCACCCUCUUCACCCACUGGGCAGCCCCCACCGGGGGCCCGGAGCUCUGUGGUCAUAUUCCGCUUUGUGGAGAAGGCCAGUGUGAGGCCAUUAAAUGGGCUACCUGCUCCCGGAGGCUUGAGUCGGAGCUGGGACCUGGGUGGGGUCUCUCCUCCCAGGCCCACUCCAGCCCUUGGGCCUGGCUCCAACCGGAAGUUGCGGCUAGAGGCAUCCACAUCAGACCCACUCCCAGCCAGAGGAGGCUCAGCUCUGCCUGGUAGCCAGGGCCUUAUACAUGGGCCACCAGCCCAACCUCAGGUUGGGGCAGAUGGCCUUUACUCCUCUCUCCCCAAUGGGCUGGGGGGACCUUCUGAGCACCUGACCAAGCUAUUCCCAGGACCUGCUGACACUGGACUCCUGAACCAGGGGGACACCUGGUCCUCCCCCCGGGAAGUUUCCUCUCAUGCCCAGAGAAUUGCUCGAGCCAAAUGGGAAUUCUUCUAUGGCUCCCUGGACCCCCCAAGCUCAGGUGCUAAGCCCCUGGAGCAGGCCCCCCCAUCUCCACCUGGGGUGGGCUCAGGGCAGGGCUCUGGGGUGGCUGUGGGGCGAGCAGCCAAGUACUCCGAGACGGACCUGGACACGGUGCCCCUGAGGUGCUACCACGAGACCGACAUCGAUGAGGUGCUGGCUGAACGGGAAGAGGCUGACUCGGCCAUCGAGAGUCAGCCCAGCUCUGAGGGCCCACCUGGCACUGCCCGCCCACCUGCUCCACGUGCCAGCCCAUGCCUUGGCCCUUGUCCCAGCCUGGGCAGUGGCGAUGAGGACGAGGAUGAGGCAGGUGGGGAAGAGGAUGUGGACGACGAGGUGUUUGAGGCCUCAGAGGGGGCCCGGCCAGGCACCCGGAUGCCUCACCCUGGGCCUCUCAAGUCGCCCCUGCCCUUUCUGCCUGGGACCAGCCCCUCGGCUGACGGGCCUGACUCUUUCAGUUGUGUGUUUGAAGCCAUCUUGGAGUCACACCGGGCCAAGGGCACCUCCUACACCAGCCUCGCCUCCCUGGAGGCCCUGGCCUCACCUGGCCCAACCCAGAGCCCCUUCUUCACCUUUGAGCUGCCUCCCCAACCCCCUGCUCCCCGGCCUGACCCACCUGCUCCCGCCCCACUUGCACCUCUUGAGCCAGAUUCUGGUACCAGCUCUGCUGCUGAUGGGCCUUGGACACAGAGAGGGGAGGAAGAAGAGGCAGAGGCUGGAGCCAAGCAGGCCCCAGGGAAGGAACCCCCUAGUCCCUGCCACUCGGAGGACAGCUUUGGGCUGGGGGCGGCACCUCUGGGCAGUGAACCACCGUUGAGCCAGCUGGUGUCUGACUCGGACUCAGAGCUGGACAGCACAGAGCGGCUGGCCCUGGGAAGCACAGACACCUUGUCCAAUGGGCAGAAAGCCGACCUGGAGGCUGCGCAGCGCCUAGCUAAGAGGCUAUACCGACUAGACGGCUUCAGGAAGGCUGAUGUGGCCCGGCACCUGGGCAAGAACAAUGACUUCAGCAAACUUGUGGCUGGCGAGUACCUCAAGUUCUUUGUCUUCACGGGCAUGACUCUGGACCAAGCUCUCAGGGUGUUUCUGAAGGAGCUGGCCUUAAUGGGUGAGACCCAGGAACGGGAGCGCGUGCUGGCCCACUUCUCCCAGAGAUACUUCCAGUGCAAUCCAGGAGCCCUGUCCUCAGAGGACGGUGCGCACACGCUGACCUGCGCCCUCAUGCUACUCAACACUGAUCUCCACGGCCAUAACAUUGGGAAGCGCAUGACCUGUGGAGACUUCAUCGGGAACCUGGAGGGCCUCAAUGAAGGCGGAGACUUCCCCAGGGAGCUGCUCAAGGCCUUGUACAGCUCCAUCAAGAAUGAAAAGCUGCAGUGGGCCAUAGACGAGGAGGAGCUGAGACGCUCUCUGUCUGAGUUGGCCGACCCCAACCCCAAGGUCAUCAAGCGGGUCAGCGGGGGCAGUGGCAGCGGCUCCAGCCCUUUCCUGGACCUGACUCCUGAACCCGGGGCUGCAGUCUACAAGCACGGGGCCCUGGUGCGAAAGGUGCACGCAGACCCUGACUGCAGGAAGACACCUCGGGGCAAGCGGGGCUGGAAGAGCUUCCACGGGAUCCUCAAGGGCAUGAUCCUCUACCUGCAGAAGGAGGAGUACCAGCCUGGGAAGGCCCUAUCAGAGGCAGAGCUAAAGAAUGCCAUCAGCAUCCACCACGCGCUGGCCACACGUGCCAGCGACUACAGCAAGAGGCCCCAUGUCUUCUACCUGCGCACAGCUGAUUGGCGGGUCUUCCUCUUUCAGGCCCCGAGCCUGGAGCAGAUGCAGUCCUGGAUCACUCGCAUCAAUGUGGUGGCUGCCAUGUUCUCUGCACCCCCCUUCCCAGCUGCUGUUAGCUCCCAGAGGAAGUUCAGCCGCCCUCUGCUGCCCAGCGCUGCCACCCGCCUCUCCCAGGAGGAGCAGGUGCGGACCCAUGAGGCCAAGCUGAAGGCCAUGGCAAGUGAGUUGCGAGAGCACCGGGCUGCGCAACUGGGCAGGAAGGCCCGAGGCAAGGAGGCUGAGGAGCAGCGGCAGAAGGAGGCCUACCUGGAGUUUGAGAAAUCCCGCUAUGGCACAUACGCAGCGCUGCUUCGGGUCAAGCUGAAGGCGGGCAGUGAAGAGCUGGAUGCAGUAGAGGCAGCACUGGCCCAGGCCGGGAGCACAGAGGAUGGACUCCCUCCACCUCACUCCAGUCCCUCCCUGCAGCCCAACCCUGCCAGCCAGCCCCGGGCUCAGUGUCAUGGCUCAGAGCCUCGUGGAGGGGCGAUCAGUGGGCGGUGGAAGCUCUGAGUUGAGGGUAGGAGUGUGGGGGUUUGGCGCCCACUGGGCACCUGCAUGACAUAGCCUUGCCUGAGCCCGGGCCGGCCUCGGGCCGCCCACGAGGGGCCCCCGGCCCAGGGCCCGACCGCGCCGGACGCGGUGUCCGGGGCAGCGCAGGGCUAGGGCGUGGGCCUCGGGAGCCUAGGCCAGGGGCCCCUCUGAGACCCCCAUUUUGUGAUAAUGUUUUGCACUUUUUCGUACGGGGGCUGGGGUGGGAGGGGCCAGGGCCCCUUGGACUUUUGAUGCUUUUUUUUUUUUUU